UGCCUUUACUCUUUAGCCUUGUCAAGUUCUGUUCCAGAUUGACCCAUAUGAUAUGAGCUGGAAUUAUUGGUGGAUCAGCAAUUGCUAACUUCUUCUUUGGACCUGUGAUCAAAGAAUCUGUUCAAGAUAACGAACUUAGAACUAAGAUGUUCGUCAAAUUUUUUGCAAUCACUGGAGCUCUGCUGAUUAUCUCAGGAUUGGCCAACAUCUUCUUGAUCAAAGGAAGUAAAGCCGUAGAAGGAAAGAAUUGUUACUGGUACUUAUUUCUUUUCUUUAAGUUCUGACUUGCCCUAAUGACAACCCCAAUGGCUCCAAAAGUGUUCGGCAUUUUCGGAAAAGAAGAUUUUUAUUGGGACAAUCAUACCAAAAUCCAGUUUGUUUUCAUCCUCCUCGCUUAUCUCCUUUCCACAUCAGCCAAAUGGUUCAGAGAGGAUGUUGCUAACAACUUCGUGCAAAACUCUAAAGGAAAGCUUGACUAGUCAUAUCUUCAGCAUCUGCCAAACUUCAAUA